CGGGGCGCGCCCAUAUUCAUCCCGCUGCGCCCACCGCAACUCUUUGUGCUGCUGCCGCUGCCGCUGCCGCUGCUGCUACCACUACCUCACAUGUCCUCUGGGCCAGCUGCGACGCUCCCCUCGAUCCAUUGCGGCAACCCUCGACUGCGACCCCAGCACCUCGAGGCUCCGCGCCGCCAGUGCUCGCCAUAGCCAACUAUCCCAUGACCAUGGCCAGGGCUUACGUCGCGUUACUCAACUCUACGACAACCACGACGACGUGUCUAGUUGGCUCGAACCAGGACAUCACCACACUACCGACCCCCUCGCCGCCCCCGCCUAAGCCAUACAACCUCACCGCUCGCUCCACGCCCGCCUCUGCCUUCCCCAAGCCUAAGGAUUCCGCCCCAUACACUUUCUCAAGGCUGCCAAUGCCUCUCGAGCUUGCCAUCUCCUCGCGGGCGCAUUGGCUCAGCCGAGUGCGCUCAUGUCUCCGCCUGCUCAUCAUUGUCCUGAGCGGCGCCGUCGUCUGCAUGUUGAUGCAUACAUUUGAGAUUUAUCGAGGCAACCGCUACAUCGACCUGCGCAAGGGAGAGUUGCCCAUGGUCUGGCCCGCCCACACAAAUCUCGCCCCGAGCAUCGUGCUCUUCUGCAUUGCAGCCGCCAACUUCCUCGCCUCGGUCGCCAUCCUCACCCUCUCCUUCAAGCGCUCCUUCCGCCGCCCCUUUCGCUCACGAGACGUCUAUCGAGUCGUUGCUGGCAGCUUCGGCGUCAUCACCUGGAUCACAGCGCUGGUGGUAUUCUACUUGCUUAACAAGGCGAGCAAGGCUAGCUUGGGUCGAUACUCGUGCACAAAUAAGAACUUGUUGACGAAUGGGCGAUACCAGUAUCGCGCUGUUUGCGAGGAGCAGGGAGUCGCAUUCUACACCGCCAUCGGUGCUGCCUGUGCAGAGGUCCUCACGCUUGUCACCCUCGCCAUUUCUGCAGCCUUGUCGGCCAAGAACAACCAAGAACCAGUCCCGACGAUACAGAUCCGCGAGAAGAACAACUCCAUAAGCUCGGGAUCAAAGUACCAUAGGCCUCUAAAACGAUGACAUACAAAAAAAUCAACGGUCCUGUUCGAUGGUUCUUGUCCGUUGCGCGCUCCGUUCUCCUUUUCCUUAUUAUGUCGCUGCAUGAUACCCCGGACAUCCUUGUUUAGCGACAAAAAAACCGAGAUUUGCAAUGGCGUUUUUUGGUUUCCUUUGUUCAGGGCCGCUGGCCUACCGUCAUGACCUUUUUCUGCAUUGCGCUUUUUUCUUGUCACUUUUGCAUCGCAUCGCAGCAUCGGCAUAUCCUCGGAGUCUUCUGCGACUUUUUUUGUAUAGUGGCAUUUUCUGAUCAAACAACAUCGCACCCUAUCACGCAAGAUCAAGCAAGCCCAUAGGAAGGGCCUAUACCAAGCUAGAAAGCGCUGCAGCCAUUUUUUCUGGACUGCAGCCUAGAUAUAGUCCUUGUAAUUGGAGCAAAUAGAGGGAUGUAGCCUCCAUUUCAAUCGGCUACAUAGAUAGUAAAACAAAAAUCAAACAAUGAG